UAAAGGCUCUGAAAAAGCAAUGCAGCAGGCAGUUAAGGUAACGUUUAAACGCCCAGUCAAGCCGGAUGAGGAGGCCUUUAAGAAGUCUCUUUCUCAGAUUGAUCAGGAACUGAAGCAGAUGACAGAAAAAAUUGAGAAUAUUCGGGUAAAAGAAGUUAGAUUUAGAGAUAUAGGAGGUGUUAAAGUGCGAUCAAAAGAUAUCCGGCAUCAGUUGGAUGAAAUUCGGGAGAAACAGGCAAGAUUGAAGUUGUCGAAGCAAAAAACGGUAGAUCAAGUGAAACAGAUGGAAGAAGCUAUGAAAAACAAGAUUAAUGAAGUUCAAGCGAUGAAGAAGAAAUUGCCAUUUAAAUCAGUAGAUGAAUUGGAUCGGCAUAUUUCGGAACUUGAAAAAGCGGUGGAUUUAGGGAUGUUGAAAUUGGUAGACGAAAAAAAGUAUUUGUCGGAGAUUUCGAUGCUAAAGCGAUUACGUAAGUCAUUUAUGGACCUUGUGUUUCAGCAGUUAUCUAUUGAUUCGGACAAGAAACGGAUUGUGGAGAUUAAAAGUACAUUGGAAGAUCCGGUUUCAAAAGCGUUAUCUGAACAAUAUGAUAAAUUAAAAGCAGAGCAGAAUAGUUUACGUCAGGAACAAGAUAAUGUGUAUAAAUCUCAGAAGAGUUUGUAUGAGGAGAAGAAUUUGUUAAGUCAAAGGAAGAAUGAAAUUUAUGAGAGGAGAAAAAAGCUUCAAGAUGAAUAUUAUUCAAGUUUGCGUAAGUAUCAAGAAUAUGAAAGGGAAGAGAAGCAGAAGGCUUGGGAAAAACGAAAGUUGCAGCAAGAUGAGUAUAAUCGAGAAAAACGAAAACAAAUUGCGGAUCGAAUAUUGGAAGAAGCGAGUAUGCCAGCAUUUCUUGAAGAAAUUUAUACAUGUGAAAAUCUAGUUCGUUUUUUAGAUCCAUCGGCAGCUAUUUCAGAAACACAUUCUUUGGAAAAUUCUAAUUUGCCGCAAUUAAACAUUCGUACUGUAUUAGAGACGGAUGAAAAUUUUGGGACUGUUUUGAAAUCUAAGGCUGAACGUGAGGAUUAUUUUAUUUGUUGUAACGAGAAGAAGAGCAAAACUAAUAAACGUAAUAAAAGACCUUCAUCAGCUUAUGUAAAUGGAACUGGGAAUUUUAAUAUUGAUAUGAAUAUUUUACAGCAAUUUUCUUUUGUUAAUGUUACUCCUCCAUUUAAUCACAGUGAAAUUCCAUCUUGUAUUGAGAAUUUAAAACAAAGAAUGGUAUGGUAUAAAGAAAAUCAGGAAAAGACUGUAGCAGAACGUAUUGAGAAAGCCAAAAAAGAAAUUGAAGAGUUAGAAGCAAAAGCUUUACAGCAGAAUCAAGAGAAAAAGCAUGUUCAGAAAAAAACAAAUGAUAUAUCAAAAAAAGAAACAGCUGAUUCUUAA